CUAUAUAUUCAAGCGUAUCUACAUAUGUUAGCUUGUCAUUACGGUCUUUGCGCGAUUAGUAACAAGAUACGGAAGUAUACAUAGUUUCGCGGCGUCCAGCUUCUCGUGAGGGUGGUUAGUAUUACAAGAUUUGCCGUUGAGCUGCAAUCGUAUUUCGCUGAGUUUACUUUUCUGUUAAGUGUCCUUUAAUACACAAUACGAUCAUAAAAUCAAAAAAUCUUAUGAAGAGAGUGUACAGAAUCAACAAGUGAUAAAGAUAUUUCUAACAGAAUGGAGCCUUUACUCACAUCGCUAGAGUGUUUGCAAAUCGCGCAAAAAGAUUUCGGAAAAGAUGUUACUCUUAUCGAUCAUCGGAUUAAACCCAUCGGCGGUGAGAAAAAAGGUUUCUUGGGAGAUUACUUCAUUCUGGAACUCAAUGUCAAAGAUGGAUGGGAUGCUACAAAGUUCAAGACUUAUUUCAUCAAAAUACCAUCACCAUUAAAAGAAGACGAACAAGAUGACCUUGGGAAGAUUUUCACCAAGGAAGCAAAGCUCUAUUUUGGUAUACUUAGUGAUAUUUCAAAAUAUAGCAAAACGAAGUGGAAACCAGAGUGCUUUUUAGCACGGGAUGAUAUUAUCGUUCUAGAGAACUUGACCGCAGCAGGAUACCGAUGCCUUCCAGAAGGGGUGGAGCCUAGGGCUGAUCAUAUGAAAUUGUUGUUAUCAAAUAUAGCAGCCAUGCAUGCUUCCAGUAUUGCGUACGAGUUAGACGAAGGUAAAACAAUUGGAUCCCAGCUGGGGGAUAAACUUUUUGAAACAUCAAUUGCGAAACACUUGGAUUGGUUUCGAACAGGAGUCUUGGGAUUUCAAGCAGUUUUAGCUGCACAUCCUAAAUAUCAAUCCGCUGAACAUCAACACUUUAUUCAGAAGAAGUUCCUUGAGGCUGUUGAGCCUGCAUACGAAAUGGUCAACGAAUCAAGCCGAUUCAAAAAUGUACUUUGUCACCGAGAUACUUGGAUGAACAACGUUUUAUUUAUUUCAAAAGAUGAAAACUGGGAACACCCAACAAAGGCUGUCCUCGUCGACUUUCAGUUCUGCCGCUAUUGCCCGCCUGCUAUUGAUGUUACUUUGGCCAUUUAUCUCAACUGCAGUCCAAGUACUCGCGCAGUUAUGUUUCCUUUAUGUCUUGAGUGGUAUUACAGUGAAUUGACUACCGAACUUAAUGCUUUAAACAUUCGAAUUGAUGAACAUAUUCCAUGGGAGGCGUUCUUGGAGAGCUGUGACCACUUGAAAUUGGUAUCUUUACUAUAUAAUGCCGUGGUUACGACGUGGGUAAGAUUGCCAUCUGGGGUUAUGGAAGAUAUGCAGCUCAAUGAUCCUGAAAAGUUUGCUAAAUUUCGAACUGUGUCCCGUAGAGAAGUCCUUUUGGAUCUUAUUGAAAAGGAUGAGAAAUAUAGGAAAUAUAUGUUUGAAGAAACGGAAUAUUUCAUGGAAGUUAUCUAUAAGAACUGAAUUUUUUACAAAACUGUAAUUUUUUAAGUUGAACGUGUCACUAACUAGAGCUUUUCGUAUUUCAAAAAUCUAGAUAUAAAUAAACGCACAUCUCCGGUCGCAAGACGACCUUUACCGUUCAAAUCA